AUGGAUCCGGACCCUCCUCCUCCUCCCCCGCCAGCCCCACGGCUCCUGCGAUGCUCCACGCAGAUGUUGGGGGGCUCCCGAGCGCACCCCCCCCGCUGCCGGACCCCGGCCGCCUCCUUCCGACGCCCACCGGAGGAGGAGCCGCCGGACAAUGGAGGAGGAGGCGGCGGCGCCGCUGCUGACCCCGGAAGCGCAACCCCGGCGCCGCUGCGGGAGCGGAACCGGCCCCGGAACGGCCCCAAAUCAGCCCAAAAACGACCCCAAACGGCCCCAAAACGGCCCCAGAUAAGCCAAAAACGGGCCAAAACGGCCCCGAAACGACCCAAAACGACCCAAAACGGCCCCGAAAUGGCCCAAAACGGCCCCAAAUGGCUCCGAAACAGCCCCGAAAUGCCCCAAAACAGCCCCAAAACGACCCAAAACGGCCCCAAAACGACCCAAAACGGCCACAAACGGCCACAAACGGCCCCGAAACGACCCAAAACGGCCCCGAAAUGGCCCAAACCGCCCCAAACGGCCCAAAACGGCCCCAAAUCAGCCCAAAACGGCCCCAAACGGCCCCAAAACGGCCCCGAAACGGCCCAAAACGGCCCCGAAACGACACAAAACGGCCCCGAAAUGGCCCCAAACGGCCCAAACGGCCCCGAAACGACCAAAACGACCCAAAACGGCCCCGAAACGACCCAAAACGGCCCCGAAAGGACCCAAAACGGCCCCAAAAUGGCCCAAAAGGCUCCGAAACGGCCCCGAAAUGGCCCAAAACAGCCCCAAAUCAGCCCAAAACGGCCCCAAAACGGCCCCGAAACGGCCCCAAAUCAGCCCCAAACGGCCCCAAAACGACCCAAAAUGGCCCCAAAAUGGCCCAAAACGGCCCCAAACGGCACCCAAACAGCCCAAAAACGGCCCCAAAAGACCCCCAAGUAG